UCGGUGAGGCGAGCGCGCGCGGUUCAGAGACAGAGCAGGAAGUUGGCAAACCUACGAAACAAACAGACAAAAAAAUAAUAAUAAAACAAAAAACAACGAUAAAUUAAAAAUAAUAAAAAUAAUAAGUUGUGCAGAACAUGGAGAAAUCCAGAGUGUAAUAGUCUGCGGAAAUCGCUUUAGAAGGGAAAUAUAUAUAUAUAUAUAAAUAUAAACGGAAGUUUCUCAUCCCCUCGCCGACUAGCGCUAGCUUACUUAGCUUAGCUUAGUUUAGCUUAGCUUAGCCUAGCCUAUAUUAGCUUAGCUCGACUUUGCUAACAAGGAAAAGCUAAAGGGGGGGGAGAGGUGAAAAAAAGGACGGGGGCAUUCACACAGUGUUGGCUCGGACACACAGACACAUUCCUGGGUCUUAAAUAAACAUUAUAAGGCUAAAUACGUAGCGGGAUACUGGCAGGAUUUUUUGCUAACAUCCGGGGCCUUUUUUGUUCCAGUCAGAAAAGUUAAACUCGCCACACACACACACACACAAGCGCGCGCGCGCUCUGGCACGCACUGAACUGAAGGCCUGCAUGUGUCGGAGGAGGAAAACAAUAACAUUUUUAUAAUUGUAAUAAUUUAUUACCGUGAAGAUGUCGGCUCAGGCGCAGAUGAGAGCCAUGCUGGACCAGCUGAUGGGCACAAGCAGAGACGGAGACACGAUGCGGCAGAGGAUCAAGUUCACAGACGAGAGGGUGUGUAAAAGUCAUCUACUGGAAUCCUGUCCUCACGACAUCUUAUCAGGGACGCGUAUGGACCUGGGCGAGUGUUUAAAAGUGCACGACCUGGCUCUGAGGGCGGACUACGAGAUCGCCUCCAAACACCAGGAGUACUUCUUCGAGCUGGAUGCUGCCGAACACUUGCAGUCGUUUAUCGCAGACUGUGACCGGAGGACCGAACUGGCCAAGAAACGACUGGCCGAGACUCAGGAAGAGAUCAGCGCAGAGGUCGCUGCCAAGGCAGAGCGUGUGCACGAACUGAACGAGGAAAUCGGGAAGCUGCUGGCGCGGGCGGAGCAGCUGGGUGGAGAGGGGAACGUGGACGAGGCUCAGCAGGUGCUGGAGAAGGUGGAGAAAACGCGUGCCCUUAAAAGAGAGGCAGAGGAUAUAUACCGGAACUCCAUGCCAGCCUCCAGUUUCCAGCAGCAGAAGCUGAGGGUGUGUGAGGUGUGCUCCGCCUACCUCGGCCUCCACGACAACGACCGCCGCCUCGCCGAUCACUUUGGGGGGAAACUGCACCUGGGCUUCAUCGAGAUCCGGGAGAAGCUGGAGAAACUGAGAAAAGCAGUGGUGGAGAAGCAAGAGCGGAUGCGCAUGAAGCGGCGGGAGGAGAGGGAGCGAGAGGAGGAGAAACAGAGGGAGUGGGAGAUGGAGAGAGAGAGGGAGCGUGAACGUGAGAGAGAAAGAGAGCGGGAGAGGGAACGGGAGAGGGAGAGAGAGCGCAGGAGGUCCAGAUCUCGCAGUGGGGACAGGUACAGGGAUGGCGGAAGUUCGUCAUCUCAUCGCUCGCGGCGGCAUCGCUCCUCCCACUCGAGAGACCGGGACCGGGAGAGGAAGCACAGACAUAAAGACCACCAUCGCUCUCGCUCCCACUCUCACAGGAGGAAGAAGAAGAGGUCGUCACACACCCGAGAGCGGGAGCGCUCCCCGUCACAGGAGCGAUGGAGGGAGUGCGGAGGGGAAGACAGGUGGCGGGAAGACAGCCGGAGGGACACGGAGCGAGAGCCAGGGGAAAGAGAGAAGUCCAUCUCGUCACCGGAGAUGGGCAGACUGAGGGGUAGAGAGAGAUCCGUCUCUGUGGAGAGAGAGAACCGCUCCAGCUCAGAGGAGAGGGAGUCGGGAGAGAUAUAAACAGAUCGAGAGAGAGAGAGAAAGAGAGAAUGAUGUCGGUUGCUAUGCUUUCAGAUGACUUCCUGUCCGUGUUGUUUAUUUCUGAGUGUUAUCCGAUCUGUCAGCGACUGGAUGGGGCUUGGCAGAUACGCACAGGGUCACAUCACAAAUCUGAAUGAAUUUUAGCACAAUUAGGCUUUAUUUACUACAACACACAGACAUGCUAUGUAUCUGAUAUUCUUUUGACGACUAAACAUUAAAAGAAAGAUCUCAUUCUCA